UGUUUGUUGCUAAAAUAAUAAAACUAAAAUUCAGAUAAGGUGGUUAAUUUUCUAAGUUCUUUUUCUUUAAAAAAAAAAGUUUAUAUGGGGAGACAGAAUGGGGGCGAAAAAGACAAGGAGGCAUUUGAUAGCGGUGUUCUGAAAAAAUUUGAAACUAUAGAUAUAUCAGCAUUCAUUCACUGACGUUUCUUUAGGUUUUUGUGGAGAUAGGGGCACACAGAACAACACUCAAAAUCCCAAAAAAUUCUUAGCAUAACAGAAUCUGCGUGCAGUUCAAUUCUCUUUGGGAAAGGUUUGGUGGGUGGCGGAGAAAGAAAUGAGCUUUCUCAACUUAGUUAAAAGAAACUCAGAAGCUCUUGCAUAAGGGUCUAAGAUGCUAUCUGGCAUUCUCUCAAAGGUGAACACUACCAUUUACUGUCAACGCAUUCAGGAAGCAAUUACACGGCAACAAGCAGUGCCAACACCAUUAUUGUACAGGAAUCCAGUUCUGCCUCUUUCUUCAGGCCACAAGGUUUAUAGAAAAUCAAUGGCUACUUCACCUUCCAAAGCUGUGAUUGGAGAUGUUUAUGUUGAUGACUUGGUCUCCAGUUGCAGCAGUGGUGUGGAUUUCACAAAGCCUGCUGGUGUGUACUUCAAGGACAGGACUCAGAGAGGGUGCUUGAGAGUUAGUGUGAAUUUAAGGAGGCCACAGAUUUUGUGUGGUUCUCUAAGUUUUGGGUGCUCCUCUGCCUUUGAUUCUGAUUGGAGGAGCCGGAAUUCAGGUUCGCUUCAUGGACCAUGGUUGAAGAGUUUCUGUUCCUCAUCUUCUACUUCCUGCUCGGCUGGUGCUCCACAUGGUGUUUCAUUUGAGGGAAGCCAACCUGAAGAACAGCUUGCAACUUCUACCAUAUCUCCUGAAUAUGGAAAGACAUUGAAGAUGAUUUCAGGAUCAUGUUACCUACCUCACCCAGAUAAGGAGGAGACAGGGGGAGAGGAUGCUCAUUUCAUUUGCAGAGAAGAACAAGCAAUUGGUGUUGCAGAUGGUGUUGGUGGCUGGGCAGACGUUGGUGUUAAUGCGGGGCUCUUUGCCCAGGAGCUUAUAUCCAAUUCAGUGAGAGCAAUUCAAGAGGAGCCUAAAGGUUCUUUUGAUCCAAAAAGGGUGUUAGAGAAGGCUCAUUCAUGUACCAAGUCUAAGGGUUCAUCUACAGCUUGUAUCAUUGCCCUUACUGAUAAGGGAUUACAUGCUAUCAAUUUAGGUGACAGUGGAUUCAUUGUGGUUAGAGAUGGUAGCACCAUUUUCAGGUCCCCUGUUCAACAGCAUGACUUCAAUUUCACAUAUCAAUUGGAGAGUGGCAAUGGUGGUGACCUACCUAGCUCUGCUGAGGUUUUUGUAAUACCUGUGGCCCCAGGAGAUGUCAUAGUUGCUGGAACAGAUGGGUUAUUUGACAACUUGUACAACAAUGAGAUCAGUGCAGUGGUUGUGCAUGCGGUUAGAGCAGGACUAGAACCCCAAGUAACCGCUCAGAGGAUAGCGGCACUAGCUCGCGAGCGAGCACUCGACAAGACUAGGCUGUCGCCGUUUGCUGCUGCUGCUCAGGAGGCUGGAUUCCGAUACUACGGCGGCAAGCUUGACGACAUUACUGUUGUUGUGUCAUAUAUAACCAGCUCAACUAGUGAGUGAGCUGGUUCCUUGCCAUCUUUUAUUCAUUUUGUAAAUUUUGAUUUGUUCUUUGCAGUGGCCAGGCCUGCAUGUCAAUUUUGACCUGAAUGCACUCUCAUAUUCUCUAACACUGCUUUACUAUCUCAAACUAGAGCUACCUACAGUGAUCAAUAA